AUGGUUGACGACACCGACACGGACAACAACCACGACGCCGACGGCACCAUCACUUCAAAGAAGGAGCGCACCGGCUCCUUCUUUCGGAGGAGGGCACCAGUGUCCACAAAGAGCGGGAAGGUGAAGCUGCCACCAAACUGGAAGGAGGUGAAGGAGGAGGACGGCUCGACGGUUCCUCCGGCGCUGCCUCCCGGGUGGGUUGAGUCGCUCCACGAGUCGGGGCGCGCGUGCUACACGAACAAGGCGCAACGCAAGACGAUCUUCACGUUUCCUACCGCCGAGACCGAGGCGCCGCCGGACAGCAACUCGAUGCGCGAGGAGGAUGGCGGCGACGAACCCGACUCGGGGCUGUUUGCCCGCGCCAUGUCCAUCGUCCCUGGCCGGAAGAAGGCUGCGGCGGGCGGCGCAGUGCGCAGCAGCUCGUUCGGCAGGAGGAAAGGCGGAGCCUCCACCAACGCCUCGCCCGUCAACUCGCGGCGCUCCCAGUCGACUCCGGCGGAGCGGUCGGGUGGCAAAGCCGGCGCCAACCCUCGCACUGUGCACAUCUCUUGCUCGGCGCUCAUUCGGGAGACCAAGCUGUGCGUGGGCGAGGAGAUGGCCGCGCCGCUGGACAAGUUGCUAGCUGGGCUGGCGUCGCGCGAGAUCCAGCCGGCGCCGCCAGCUCCGAGGCGAGAGGCAUCCGAGCUCGCGGUCAAAAAGCUUAUGGAGCUCGUCGGCUCGAUCAUCGUGCAGCAGGCGGGCCUCUCGGUGAUGAACGCGCAAAAGGGCGUGCUGCCCCACGGGUGGCUCGAGUACAUCGACGACAACUCUGGCCGGCCGUACUACUACAACGUCCACACCCGCGAGACGACGUGGUAUAAGCCCAAGCCGCCCGAGGCGCCGAUGGUGAUCGCUCCUCCCGACGAUGGGGAGGCGGUCGAGCUCGACACAAACAUCGAUACGCAUCGCAUCUCCAUCUCCGCAGACCUAUGAGAGAGGGCCCCGAGAGGACUGGGGGGAGGGCGUCUGUGACGCCCCUCAUUGGGGAUUUUGCAAGAGGGAGGCUGAGGGGGCUUGGACGCGCGACUCUGGACGCGCGCAAAGUAACGUCCACACUCAUCAACCUCGGCUUCGCUGGCAACAACAACAGCAGGGAGGGCCCUCCAUGUAUGUGUCCUUUGGGUGCGUGGGUUGUGGGUCUAUCUCUCCGACUGCGGAGGUAUAGUUGUAGAUGAUAGUGUUCCUGCCCCUUUCGGCUCAACACACUCGAGUAUG